GUGGUCUGAGUUGAGGAUACAUGUACUGAAUGGUUUUGGAGGCUUUGGAGUUCAAGAUUCCUUCCUGCAGAGUGAAGUCAAAAAGAUCCAAACGACUUUGUGAAGUGUGCAGCUAUUUCUUCAAUUCACACGGGACUUUUUUUUUUUGCGACAACCGUGCAGAGUCAAUCGCAUUUGUGAAGCAGAACUGCGUAGCGGGAGGAAAUGUUCCUGGUCGUUAAACUUCAGCUGACGUGAGGCUGUGUCCGACUGUCACUUGAACAGCGUUUAUUCCAGCUAUUUCAGCGUCAUUUGAAAUUGAUCAAAGGAAUCUCUCCAUCUACACCAGGAAUCUCUCCCUCUACAGCAGGAAUCUCUCCCUCUACAGCAGGAAUCUCUCCCUCUACACAGGAAUAUCUCCCUCUACACCAGGAAUCUCUCCAUCUACUCCAGGAAUCUCUCCCUCUACACCAGGAAUCUCUCCCUCUACAGCAGGAAUCUCUCCCUCUACUCCAGGAAUCUCUCCCUCUACUCCAGGAAUCUCUCCCUCUACACCAGGACACAAAGGAGAGGAGGAGAAGACAGAGAGAAAUAAAACCAAACGGGGACUCCAUCGUUCAUUCAUCUUCCCCAAGGCUCCACAGUUGAAAAGGUCAUCAAUCUGUCCAUCCAUCUAUUGAUCGAUCCAUUAAUCCAUUCAUCCCUCCCUCCAUCGGUCAUGAUGUCCUGGGACUGGCUAAGGGGAGCGUCCAUGCUACUGGCGUUCCACGCCUCCGUCUCCAUGGUGAUGAUUGGGAACGGUAACCGCGGUAAUGGUACGGCCCCCGGCUGGGAUGGUAUUCUGGAGAGGUACUUUGUUGAAGAGGGGGACAGGUGGCAGGCCAAGCAGAGAGGGAAGAGAGCCAUCACAGAGGCAGACAUGACCGCCAUACUAGAUCUGCACAACAAGCUCAGAGGACAGGUCCACCCACCUGCUGCUAACAUGGAACACAUGGAGUGGGAUACAGAGUUAGAGCGUACGGCAGAGGAGUGGGCUGAGACUUGUCUUUGGGAACACGGUCCGGCUGGUCUGCUCCCCCAGAUAGGACAGAACCUGGGAGCUCACUGGGGAUGGCCACGCCCCCCUACUUCCCAUGUGCAGGCCUGGUAUGAUGAGGUGAAGGACUAUUCCUUCCCUUACCCCCAGGAAUGUGACCCCUACUGCCCCUUUAGAUGUUCCGGCCCGGUCUGCACCCACUACACACAGUUGGUGUGGGCCACCAGCAGCAGGAUAGGCUGUGCCAUCAACAUUUGCUACAACAUGAACGUGUGGGGUCAGAACUUGGCUAAAGCUGUUUACCUGGUCUGCAACUACUCACCCAAGGGGAACUGGUGGGGUCAUGCACCCUAUAAACACGGCACCCCCUGCUCUGCCUGCCCCCCCAGCUAUGGAGGACAAUGCAAGGACAACCUCUGCUACAAAGACAAAGUUACAGAGUCGCAGAGAUCUCGGGAGGAAACCGAGGAAAACAAUUACAUCGAACCAGAGGCCCCCAGGAGCCCCCAGAAGCCACGCCCAAGGGCCCCACAGCCAAAGCCCCCACCUAUGGCCAAGACCCCCGCCCCCCCCUCCACCCCCCCACCAGAGGAGCGGGAGAGGAAUGCGGUGGUCAAUACACAGCAGAUGUCUCAGCUUGUGACCUGUGACACUAAGCUACGAGAUCAGUGCAAAGGAACCACGUGCAACAGGUACGAGUGUCCUGCCGGCUGUCUAAAGUCCACAGGGAAGGUGGUUGGGACAGUACACUAUGAGAUGCAAUCCAGUAUCUGCCGUGCUGGCCUACACUCUGGAGUGUUAGAUACGGAUGGAGGAUGGCUGGACGUCACCAGACAAGGCAGGAAGGACUUCUUCAUCAAGUCCAACAAGAAUGGAAUUCAGUCUCUCGGGAAGUAUCAGAGCGCCAACUCUUUUAUCAUCUCCAAAGUAGCAGUGAAAGCUAUCACCUGUGAGACCACGGUGGCUCAGAUGUGUUCAUAUCAAAAGCUUGUAAAGCACUGCCCAAGGUUAUAUUGCCCCCGGAACUGCAUGGAGGAGAACCCUAACAUAUCACGGGUCAUCGGAACCGGAAUCUAUUCAGAUAAAUCCAGUAUAUGCCGGGUGGCGGUUCACGCAGGGGUGCUUCAGAACAACGUGGGUGGCUACAUCGACGUGAUGCCGGUAGACAAGCGGAAACAGUACAUUGCCUCGUACCAAAACGGCAUUACUUCCGAAAGUCUUCAGAACCCACCAGGAGGAAAGGCAUUCCGGGUGUUUGCUGUGAUCUGAAUGUUCCGUGUUCUGACUGAGUGUUCCAUGUUCUGACUGAGUGUUCCAUGUUCUGACUGAGUGUUCCAUGUUCUGAAUGAGUGUUCUGUGUUCUGACUGAGUGUUCUGUGUUCUGACUGAGUGUUCCGUGUUCUGACUGAGUGUUCUGUGUUCUGACUGAGUGUUCUGUGUUCUGACUGAGUGUUCUGUGUUCUGACUGAGUGUUCCGUGUUCUGACUGAGUGUUCUGUGUUCUGACUGAGUGUUCCGUGUUCUGACUGAGUGUUCUGUGUUCUGACUGAGUGUUCUGUGUUCUGACUGAGUGUUCCGUGUUCUGACUGAGUGUUCCGUGUUCUGACUGAGUGUUCUGUGUUCUGACUGAGUGUUCCGUGUUCUGACUGAGUGUUCCAUGUUCUGGCUGAGUGUUCUGUGUUCUGACUGAGUGU